AUGAUGGAGAUCGAUGGAGAAACGAGAGAGAUGGACAAGAAAGAAGCUGCGUCAAAGGGAUGCGUCGCGGACGCUGGUUUUAUCGGCGUCAACAGCAAGACGCGGCGUUCGGACGCGGCGUCAGACGCGGCGUUCGGACGCGGCGUCAGACGCGGCGUUCGGACGCGGCGUCAGACGCGGCGUUCGGAUGCGGCGUCAGACGCAGCAACUUCCCCUCCUGCCAUAUUUGAUGUUGCUUCAAGUUUGUUGAUGAUUGAUGAAAUCCUUUUACCGGCGAACAUAGUAUAG